UUAGUGGACGGAAACUGGAGCCAAUGGGGGUCAUGGAGCGAAUGCUCUGUCACGUGUGGAGGAGGCCUCAGAAAGAGGACACGGAAGUGUAACAACCCUAUUCCCUCAGGAGGGGGAAAAAAUUGUGAAGGAAGCGCGGACGAUUCCCAGCAAUGCAACAGUUUCGUUUGUGGACGUGAGUAAAUAGUUUUAAACCUUCUGUUAACUGUUCUGUCCGAAGCAACCUACCGGCAAAGCAAAUGGUAACAAAUGUUCAGGACAAACAACAACAUUCGUUGUGAUUCUGCUAUAGUUCCUGAAGUCGCUAUGACUUAAGGGGCAGUAUGUAGCUACUUAAGAAUUGGUCGUCUUUUCAUGUAAUUACUCCAGCAAAAUAUAUGUCGUUGUCGUCGUUCGUUUCCAUCAUCCACAAAACGUCGCUUAUAAGAAAAUCUCAGUGACUGCCAAGAAACUUACUGAACGAAGAAAAAAAAAAUGAGAGAGAGGGAAUGGCCUAGGCAGUCCAGCCCUUGGGAUAUGUUAAUUUUACCAUUUGAAAAUUAUUUUUAGACCAAUUAAACACUCUUUUAGACCAUGGAUUCAAAUCCCAUUUUAAAGCCACGAAAUUUUUUUUCUGUUAAUUUUAAGCUGAAUGGAAGAUAAUCGGAUGCUAUAAAAACGUUGAUCAAGCACUUGACAAACUAUUAGCGCGAGUUGGGUUCAAACCGAGCAUAACUGCGAGGUACACGACAUGCACAUCAGCUGCUGAUGGGGUGAACAUCACGCUGUUUGGUCUGGACAACAAGAGAUGUUGGACCAGUGAAAGCGAUUACAAUUCAUAUAGCAAGUAUGGUACCUCAGGAACAUGCAAGACAAAUAAGUUGGGAAAGAGUGGAGGCUUCUCUGAACAUGGGACGAUAUUUGUUUACCAAAAGGAUCAACAAGGUGACACAGACUCCACCUUAACAUAUGUAAUAGUUUUAUACUCAAUAACCUUAUAAAACAGUGAACGCCGGUAAUAUUGCUAGUAUUUCUAAGAAACUAAUAAUUUUAUCUGGUUACAAGAUAGAUCAAAAGUUUGUACCGUGGUCUCAACCAUCGCCUAUUAACAUGCGGUAAUGGGUUCAUGAUAACCGUCACGAAUAUAGAGAUAUUUAGUGACCACUUAGUGAACUAUGAGAACGUUGAUGUAAUUGUUGUAGUUAGUGUAGUUGGGAUAGUUAGUGUAGUUAGCGUAGUUGCUGUAGUUGGUGUAGUAGCUGUAGUUGGUGUAGUAAGUGUAGCUGGUGUAGUAGCUGUAGUUAGUGUAGUAGCUGUAGUUGGUGUAGUAAGUGUAGUUGGUGUAGUUGAUGUAGUUACUGUAGUUGCUGUAGUUGGUGUAGUAGCUGUAGUUGGUGUAGUUGCUGUAGUUGGUGUAGUAAGUGUAGUUGGUGUAGUAGCUCUAGUUAGUGUAGUUAAUGUAGUUGGUGUAGUUGGUGUAGUUAAUGUAGUUACUCUAGUUGCUGUAGUUGGUGUAGUAGCUGUAGUUGGUGUAGUAAGUGUAGUUGGUGUAGUAGCUGUAGUUGGUGUAGUAGCUGUAGUUGAUGUAGUUAGUGUAGUAGCUGUAGUUGGUGUAGUAAGUGUAGUUGGUGUAGUAGCUGUAGUUGUUGUAGUUGAUGUAGUUACUGUAGUUGCUGUUGUUGGUGUAGUAGCUGUAGUUGGUGUAGUUAGUGUUGAAUUGCUGGGGUGGAAAUGAUGCUGAGAACACGUAUGAUGAUCAUGGCGUAUCCUCAGAAUCCUAUGUCAACAACCAAGGCUAUGGCGUUGGAUCGGAGAUAAAUGGAGACAUGUUUGUUUACCGUUAUCACUAA